AUGGCGCCAGUUGGACCCAUCGUCCAGCAAAAUGUCGCCAACAAAGUGAAGCGCCCCAUCCCUCCUGGCAUCCAGACGAACGGCGCGACAACACCAUCGAAAUCAUCACCAUCACCGUUAAUGUCCGCCAAGAAACCGCCGCCAAGUGCGAAGCAGCCGCCACAUUCGGCCAGCGACAGGGCCAUCACGGCAUCAUCCGUUCGACCUGUCAACCGAGCUCGACGAGAAACAGCAUCGCAACUACAAGGUCGGCAUUCUAGGAACAGUGCCGGCCUGCGAUCAGCGUCUAUGGCGGCGGAUCAAAUGGCCCACGAUACGGAACCUCGACCCUAUGUGGUCACAGACCAAUACAUCUUGAGCAAGUUCGCUGGCCGACCUCCGUCUUUAAUCGUACAUCUGCAUCCCAACCAUUUCCGAUUCGAUAGCCAAGAUGGCAUGUUUCCAUACAAGUCACCCAUGAAGAUUUUCGUCGACCACGUCAAAGCCCGCACAGUCCCUCAUGAUCUUCUUUCCUGGUUUAACGAUGCGGGUGUGUCGUUUUACGAUGGAUGCCUUAUCGUUCAACUUCACGAUCACAAAUCUCUUACCCAAGCUAAAGAUGUUACUAAGCCUGCUUCAACCAAGGGUUCCACGGUGGCAUCGUCGAUUCAUAACUAUAACCAAUGGCUAACUCCCUCCCCGAAUGUCCCUUUCCCUCAAGAAGGGUCGCCGAAUAUAGACGGGAAGCCAAAGCCAGGUAAUGCUGCAGAAAAGGAAGAAUCUCCAAUGCCAGCCCCUGAAGAGCAGAAGGAAAAGGCUAAGAAGCCGCGUGUCUUCACGGUCGUUCUCCAUCCUACACCAGAAAGCUUGCAGAUGGAUUUGAUUAUCAAGGCGUCUACCCCUCAAGGGGCCAACGAUGUAUCGGGGCAACCCCCUUCGACUCCCAUGUCUCUGGUUCCACCAACACCGACUGCUGCCAGCAUGCCGCCUCCUGCAAAGCGUCAAAAGCGUGAAAAAACAGAACUCGACAGUAGCAACAUCCAUGAGGCAGAGGGUCAAAUCCUCCUUGCUACAAAUGCACCGUUGGUGCUUGAUCCCACUAAUACAAUAGAAGAAACCAUAAUCCUGUUGGAGGCGAUGAGUCACCCCAAACACUCACAUGCUCCUCCAGAACCGAAGACGCGCAAGCGAACUCGCGCCGAGAUGGCUGCGGACGAAGCACAAGCUGCAGAGACAGAACGUUUUAUGCUCUAUGCAGACUCGCGUUUGGCGCCCAGCGCAAAUGGUGUGCAAAAUGGUGGCACAGCGGACGUCGACGCUUCUAAUGGUGCAUCGACAUUUGAGCCAAGAUUUGAGCGCUUCAAGAUUCUUGACGAGAUCAAAGCACAGCAUAAUGAGAAGAAGGAGCAAGAUAAACUUAAGCAGCAAGAAGCGGACCGAAAGCUACAGCAACAGAGAGCGCAAAUGCAACAAGAGGCCGUCCAGAACGCUCAAAAGCAAGCCCAAGAAGAACGAAAUCGCCGUGAAGCUGCGGCCAGAGAGAACUCAAUGCGACAGGCUGAACAACAACGACAGGCACAAGCACAAGCUCAGGCUCAAGCUCAGGCCCAGGCUCAACAAGCUCGUGCACAAGCUGCAAGCCAGGCUGGCCAGACCAAUCAAAAUGGUCAGAGACCCAAUGGAAACCAACAACAACAUGGUCAUCCUCAAACGAAUGGAGUCAAUAAUAAUGCCGUGGGCACUCCUCAAAUGGCCAACACCAUGCCGCCACAGGCACAGCCUCGUUUCCAAGCCCAAAUUUCACAACCACCAGCAUCUUCUCCCGUGGCUCGACAAGGAACUCCUCAACACAUGUCGUCUCCCAUGGUUGGAAGUGUCCCUAUGCAGCAGACCAACUCCGGCAUGGCAAACAGUCCUCCACGGCCAUCAUCUAUUGUUCAGAACCCGGCCGCUAUGUCUGUUCCUAUGACUCACAAUAUGUCGUCCAGAGGGAGCCAACAAAGUCACCCCUCAGGGACACCGAGGAUGCCUCAUUCAACCCCCAACAUGGCGCAAGGAACGCCCGUCAAUCGGCCCGCUAUGACCGCCACUCCUCGCAUGACCCAGGUCAGCCCGCCACCGGCUAUGAUGGCACAAAACUCGCAACCUGGCCAAGGCAUGAUGAUGAACAACCCAGGCAUGAACCAGCAAAACCAACAAUUAGCUGCACAGCUUGCACAGCAGCGUGUUCUUCAGCAGCAGCAGCAAUUGUUACAUAACAUGAAUAAUGGCAACAUGAGUCAGAUGAGCCCGCAGCAACAACAUUCGAUGAUGCAGAUGAUGCAGAGGCAGUUGAUUGCUCAGCAACAGCAAGGCAACAUGCUGUCCCCUCAACAGCAGCAACAGCAGCAGCAGGUUGCUGCCCAGUAUGCCCAGCAAAUGCAGAACAUGCAGGGCAACCAAAUGCGUCAAUUCCCACCGCAGAUGCAGGCACAGUUGCAGCAAAUGAUUCGUAUGAACCAAAUGAAUAAUGGUCAAAUGGGCAACAGUCCUAUGCAGCGCCAAGUCAGUGAGCAGAUGAUGAAUGGAAACAACAACAUCCAAGCUUUUCAGGCAAUGCAGCAGCAGCAGCAGGUGCAACAACAGCAACAGCAGGCGCAACAACAGCAGGCGCAACAACAGCAGCAGCAGCAGCAGCAGCAGCAGCAGCAUCCUCAACACCAAAUGGGGCAAAUGGGUGCUAUGGGUCAGCAAGGGGCCCUUCAGCUCCAAGUACAGGCCCAGGCUAGAACCAUAUAUCAACGAAUGGUCCAAUCCGCAGCCGUCAAGCACGGCGGAACGGAUAAAAUCCCGCAGGAGCUGUUCAAUAAGAUGAAGACCGCUAGUAUGAGUCAGGCUUCAACAAUAGUACAGCAGCAUAUGCACCAACGCAGGCAACAGCAUAACAUGCAACAGCAGCAUAACAUGCAGCAGCAAAUCCAGCAGCAACAAAUGCAGCAGAUGCAACAACAGCAAAUGCAGCAGCAGAUGCAGCAGCAACAAAUGCAACAACAACAUUUGCAGCAGCAGCAUAAUAUGCAACAGAUGCAAGGGAUGAAUGGCAUGAUGGGUGGCCCUCAGGGGAUGUAA